AAUCAGUAUUAAGAAACGGGCCGUAGUCAGUGAGGCGUAUAGGCGGUGGUUAAAGCUGAUCUAGGAACGGUAGAGCGGAAGUUUCCGCAAACCAGAGCGCACAUGCUGUUAAUGUGGAACUGAAUGCGACAGAGGUUCCUGCAAGGGAAAUGUGAAGCUUUAAACUUAGGUUCUGGAAAUCCUGUCCUCCAAAUUGACAACAAAAAGGAGUCAAUUUGCAUCUAAGAGUUUUGCUGCAUCCCAGUGAUUUUGAGUUCAUAAAAAUGUGGACAGCUGCCUGUAGAUUCUCACGUCUUAUUCAAAACAACACAAAUUUGGAGGUAAAUGCACUGUAUCACAACUCCAAAAAUGUCUUCGGUCCAAAAGACCCUGGUUUGAAGGUUUCUCAGCGGGUAAGGCGCAACCCUAUCAAGUCCUCAGGUCGUCUUUCCAGAAGCGUUUAUCCUUCUACGGAAUCAUCAGGUGAUGAUGGGGCAUCUGGAUCUGUGCGCAGUGUCUCCUCCGAACUCCAGAAGCUCAGCUUGGAGGACUUCAGAAAGCCAGAACCAGAGCCUCAGAAGCCACCUAAGAGAGUCAAGAACAGCGUCACUGACGCCCGUCUCCAGAAAGAGAAUCGAGACGAGUUGGUGUUUGGGGUUGGCCCUUGUUUACUAGCCUUGACUCUGGGGAAACGUAAGCUUGCUCAGCUUUUUGUGCAGCGCAGGGAAGGAGCUCAGAGGAACUCUGUGGAGAAUGUUUGUGACGCAGCGGUCAAGCGAGGAGUUCCGAUUAAGCAUAUCACUAAGAGGGAGAUGGAGAAGAUGGUCGGUGGUGCGGUCCACCAGGGAUUGUGCCUUCAAGCCAGUCCAUUGAGUUUCCUCACUGAGGAGAAAUCCAGCUGUCAGCAGAAUAAUCGGCAAUCUGGAAAACCCAGUCCACUGUGGCUUGUCCUAGAUGGGGUCCAGGAUCCGAUGAACCUCGGUUCCAUUCUCCGCUCUGCAUAUUUUCUUGGAGUGGACAGAGUAGCUAGUAGCAUUCGCAACAGCUGUCCGUUAACUCCAGUGGUGAGCAAAGCCAGCUCAGGAGUGAUGGAGCUCAUGGAUGUAUAUGGCUAUAAGAACUUGGCUGACAUUGUAAAGAUAAAACUCAAUCAAGGGUGGAAAGCAGUCGGCACUAUCGGUUCUGAAGAGACGAGCUCUGGAGUCCCUGUUGUUCCAUGUUCCGACUUCAAGAUGUCCAAACCUACGCUGUUGCUAAUGGGUGGCGAGGGUUUCGGGUUGUCUCCUGAGCUACGUGAGCUGUGCGAAGUCUUCCUUACUGUUCCUUCCAGAGGAGACCUUCACCCAGCCGUGGACUCGCUCAACGUCUCUGUAGCCACAGGCAUCCUACUGCAUUCUCUUCUCUCAUCAUGUAGAACUGGCCAAUAAGAAUAAUGAUGAUCAUGAUGGUGGUGUAUUUACUCGCCCUGCCUCCCUGUGGCGCUUAAUGACUGGAUUAGUUCAUCAAUUAGCCAUCAGCUAAUUGACCCUAGAGAACUCAUCGAUCAGAAAGCAGAGACCUGGGAGGACUUCUCGACUGCCGGUCGGACCUCAGCCAACUCCGGGUGGAACCGGCGGAGCGGUAACUGUUACGGCUCGGCCAUCAGAUGCGUACGAGAGAAACGUGAAUAUAUUUGAACAAACACGUGAAUGGAAAUCUUGCGUUUCCUCUCUGAGAAUCUGCAUCAACACCAGUAUCACUAUUUUUAUUAUAAUUUUUUCUCAGCAGGUGGCACUGUAAGUCAGCACUCCUCUAUUAUGACAGGCGUUUAUCCUGGGCAUCUUUUUUUUUUUUUCUUCUUCUUCUUCUUUGUAUGAUGUUUAAAGCUUAGCCAGGGAUAAUCCCAGGCCACCAACGAGCAAAAAAACUAAAUCUGAGCAAAAAAACUUCAGCUUCUCGGGUGACUCGGAGGGGUGGAGGAGGGGGUUACAGAACGGGACGGUUCACAAUUAAAGUAAAACGGGGGAGCGGGACAGGACGAUUAACCCGCUAAUGCUAUAGACCAUUAGACCUCUCCGUCUUACUCUCUUUUUUAGCCUCGAGCCAGAUCGGGGAGAAUGGGACAUUAGACGAGACGGUUUAAUGUAAUGACCCAUUCUGUGAUUUUUACAAGGCAGAAUGAUUUGCAGCAGCAAGCGGGGACGACGGAUCCUCCUCAGAUUUGUCAAGAUUUGCACAAAAUGGAUUUUUUUUUUCUCGCCCGCCAGACCCCAAAUUCUAAUUUUUUGUCCUUUUUUUUUUUUUUUUUUUUUUUUUUUUAAUCAAAGCUAUUUAUUAAUCUAGACACCAGAGGUGUCGCUAUUAAUAAAAACAAAUAAGCCUGA